AACUGCACUCUAUUGAACGUGCAACGAUACGGGGUUAGUGUUCUGUUAAGUCUCUGACACGGUGGAGCAUACGCACUCAGCUGACGGUUCCGCGACAAAACGCUCCAUUUGGCAAUACUGUUAAAUCUCAAAAGACAAAUUAAUUCAGAUGAUUAACCCAAGCUUCAGUCUAACUUUCUCCAGACGAGCUGCCGCCGUAGAUCCAUUUAAUCGAUCACUCGCUGACGUCAGUGAUGUGAGACGCAGAGAAAAGGCGAUUAAUAAAAGCGAUCAGAGAAAAACACAUUUGGAUUUUGAUACUUGAACACGAGCGAAGUUGAAAGUUGAAAGUUGUGGCGAGUUAAGUGUUGUUGCUGUUGUUGGUAUUGUUGUUUUAUUGCAAGUGAAGGAGCGCACGCUGUUGUGGAAAUACCAGUCUGUAAUAUGCAUUAACUUUGUUACAUUUUGUGUGUAUUAGCGUGAGGUUUUAUGAUUAGAUAACAUAAAUGGUGUUGAAUGGGAUUGCAAUGAGGCGCUCUGCGACUGUAGCUUCAAUAGGAAAAUCAUCUUGAUAUCUCUUCAGGAAAGUGAAGAAUGGUAAUAACAGUCCAAUAAAAAUAUCACUGCUUGUAAUGCAGACAUCUCUUAAUUUUAUUAUAACAUCGGCUGUGUGUUUACUUUCUGUUUUACGCUUAGAUACCCUUUAAUCGUAGUAGAUACGACCGUCUUGUGGUAUUCUGAAUAGAAAUAUGAGACUUCCAGCCUAUCGAAGCAGAUUCAUCAUCCCGUGCUGUGGCACCGUGUAGUAUGGAGGCCAAAGGGGCAAAGUAUAUUAACAGAUUGUCGUGAAUGUGAACGAUGAAAGAUAACAGACCAAGGGCCGUUCCACCUCAUUCUCUCUUGCAACGGAAUUGAUCCCGAACCCAUUACCACUCACGUGUUUUUUUGUUUUUUCUAAACAUCCCAUCUGUAUUACCGAAUAAUGCAUCAUAACUAACAAGCAUGUUCAAGCGAUAUCCAAAGUAUGCACAGGGCCAAGAACUAGCCACGAAAUUCUGGUGGAGCAUCACGCAGUUAGCAACCACCGCCGUGCACGAUAUUUUCAUUCUUGUAUAUUCCUCUCUACCGAAGACCAAGAACGGCAACGUGAGCGUGAGUAACUAUUUCGAAAAUGCCAAGAAGGAGCACGUUCUGCAGGAGCUUCACGAGGGAGGUUUCGACAUCGUCAAUUUCAAAGUCAGUCCGAAAAAGGCCGCCUUUUACGACCUUCAGGUUAUACGCAAAAUUAUCGACCAUGUGGAGGCCAAGCAAGAGCAUAAGGAUCAUCUGAACGCCUUCCGAUAUUGGGUGAAAAAGCUCGUCUACGUGCGAAAUGCCAUGAGCCACCACAAGUUGAGAUCCAUGACCAUCCCCCAGUUAAUGGAAGACCUGGAGGAAGUGAAGGACGUCCUUUGGGAACUUUACAUUCUGGCGGCGGAGGUGUCGGGAGGGACAGAGGCAGACAUUGCCGAAGCCUUCGAUCUCCUGCAGCAGGAAUUAGACAGCCUUGUGUCCCCUGCUACGAUUUGUCUCAGGUGUUCCAAAGAGCAGAAGAUAAAGGGGAAUAAAAACGAAUAUGGGAAGAUGAAAGAAAGUGGACAGAACAAAGGAUACGGAAAGAUCAUAGAAAAUGAACAUAUGAAAGGCUAUAGAACUGUCAAAGAAAACGAGAGUAAGGAAAAUAGGAAAACCAUAGAAAAUGAGGCAGGCAAAGAAAACGGAAUGGAAGUGAAGGUUGAGAGAGACUCCAACGAUUCGGGUGGUAUCAUUAACAUCAAGACUAACGAUGGAAAUGGAAAGACAUCUCUUCACAUUCAUCAGAUGAUGGCAGCACAGGAAGAAGCGAAAGAAGAUGCAAGAGAUAAAAACAGCAGCAGCGAGGAAGAAGUCCUAUCGUCGUCAGAGGUCGCGAGUUCGAGCAGUUCUCUCGAGGAUUCUGAGUCAGACGCAUGUCUGCAAAACCAGAAAGAAGCUCGAGACAUUUCAGCGGAAAAGACAGAUGAGAGCUACAGCAGUGAAGGCAGUAAAGCACGUGAUGAAAACAGCAGAGAAAAAAGUAGUGCAGACGCCUUGCUUCAUGAAUCAUGGUCGAAAUCGUCCCCUCAGAGCAGAAAAAAUACAUCGCGUAUUUUCCCUACAGAGAUAGAUCAAAGCAAUAAGAACUGCAGUAAUGUCUCUGAUGGUGGUAUCAUCAGACCUUAUCACGGAAGGGAGCCAACUCUGAUUCCCAUUCAGCGGAUAAUGGUGACACAAUAUGAAAACGGCAGAAUAGACACAAGCAGUAGCAGCGAGGAGGUGCCGUCAUCCGGAAAAGCUGUUUGUUCGAACAAUUUUCAUGGAGAUUCUCAAACAGACUCGUCCCAGCAAGGUGAAAGAGAUAUACCGGGAAUUUCAGGCGUAGAGGCAGCAGAUGAUUGUUACAGAUACAGCAGUGAGAGUGGUGAAACGAGAGAUAACAGCAAAAUAGAUAGAAGCAGUAGCAGCGAGGAGGUGCCAACAUCCGGAAAAGUUGCUUGUUCGAACAGUUUUCAUGGAGAUUCUCAAACAGACUCGUUCCAGCAAGUUGAAAGAAAUAUAACGGGAAUUACAGGCAUAGAGACAGUAGGUGAUUGUGACAGCUACACCAGCGAGAGUGGUGAAACGGGAGAUAGCAGCAGCAGUAAUGGCGACGAAAUACAUUCCUUACUGCAAGUCAAGAAUACAGAACCUUCGAAUAAGGAUUUUGAUGAAGCAAAUACGUCCCGGGAAAACAAAGAAAAUGGACGAGAUACUUCAGGUACCGUUAUUCAGACAGACGAUAGUUACAACAGCGAAGUAAACAAUGUAGUUAGCCAAAACGUUAACGUCGACUGCCUCUCUACAUGGCAUCUGAACUCCACGGAAUAUUUUAAGGAGAAGGCAUCGUCGCACGAAUCUACGUAUUUUAUAAAUCCUAUGAAAUAUUUGUUGAUCCUGUCCUUAUUUUCUCGAUUUGGUCUCUUCUUGGUUAGGGGGAUGUGUGAGGUGACGGUUGUCUUGUUCGGUAUGGUGUAUAUUGGAUUUCAGAUUCUGCUCCUCCUGGCGACUAGUGUGGUCGUUAUCCUCACACAUCUCUUGCGAGACAAUCCUUGGUGAAGGUGGCCCGUGGGACGACCUAGGAGGUCAUGGCUUAGACAGCUAAACCAGUCCUGUCGCGAGAAGUUUGAGAUGGGCCGAGGGCCUGCUGUGGGUGGAACCGAAGGAUGGGUGUGGCCAUGCACUCCCGUUGGCGUUAGCCCCUUGAUGAUGAUGAUAUAUGUGUGUGUGUGUAUGUGUGUGUGUGUGUGUGUGUGUGUGUGUGUGUGUGUGUGUGUGUGUGUGUGUGUGUGUGUGCGCGCGCACGCGCGCGUUUAUAUGUAUACAUAUAAAGUUACAGUGUAAGGACAUUUAAACCCCAGAUUUAUUCUACAUUUGACCUCCCUCUAUGCGUACGAUAAUCCGUGAUUAUAACGAUUUUAUCCUCCAUACACCUUUAGCAUCAGUAAUAUGAACUGUAUUUUUCAGCAGCCUCUUAAUUCUUUCCUGUUCCCGCUCAAUAAGGAAGACAAUGCACCUUUCACAUUCAUAAGAAGUGUAAACAUAAGCUGUGCUCGAAUAUCUGGAGAGAACCCGAUCUCAUUGGGAAUAGGAAAUGCAGGAUCAGAUUCCCUCCUAUUCUCAACUUUGUCACGAUAGGAAAUCAUCUGUUGUUACAGCUUAUGAUAACCUGCUGACCGAUGUCUUGUGCUAAUAUUAGCAUUACUAAUAUUUACCUGUAAUGAUCAAGUGUGGACAUUGAUGUUUGAGUAUUAUUAUUUUUAUUAUCCUUAUUAUCAUUAUUGUUAUUCAAGUCAUUAUUAUUAUUAUUAUUAUUAUUAUUAUUGCAUUAUCAUUAUCAUUAAU